AUGGCCCCCUACGACGUCCUCGUCACCGGCUCAUCGGGCCACCUCGGCACCGCCCUCAUGCUGAGCCUCCCCUCCCAGGGCUUCACCCCCCUCGGCAUCGACAUCCUCCCCUCCCCGACAACCACCCACGUCGGCUCCAUCUCCGACCGGCCCUUCAUCGCCUCCCUCCUCGCCGCCCACCCCUCCAUCACGCGCGUCCUCCACGCCGCGACCCUGCACAAGCCCCACGUCGGCAGCCACCCCAAGCAGUCCUUCGUCGACACCAACAUCACCGGCACCCUCGUCCUCCUCGAGGAGUCCGCCGCCAAGCUCCCCCGCGUCGACGCCUUCAUCUUCUUCAGCACCACCAGCACGUUCGGCAUGGCGCUCAGCCCCAAGCCCGGGUCUCCCGCGGCCUGGAUCGACGAGAGUGUCGUGCCCGUGCCUAAGAACAUCUACGGCGUGACGAAGGUCGCUGCUGAGGACAUGUGCGCGCUGGUGCAACGCCAGACGGGCAUGCCGACGCUUGUGUUGCGCACGUCGCGCUUCUUUCCCGAGGAGGACGACGAUGAGGACCGUCGCGCGGCUAUGGCGGACGAGAACCUCAAGGUCUUGGAACUGGCGUAUCGGCGGUGCGAUAUCGCGGACAUUGUGUCCGCGGCGGUUUGUGCCAUGAGCCGCGCGCGCAACAUUGGCUGGGGAAAGUACAUCAUCAGCGCGCCGCCGCCGUUCCGAAACGACGCGGAGACGCUGGCUACGCUGGACCGCGACCCAUCAGGUGUGUUCCGUGCGGUGCCCGUCGGUGAUGAUGCGGCUGGUGAGACCAUCAACAAGGUGUUUGCGGAGAAGGGGUGGAAGCACCUCGCGCGCGUGGACCGCGUAUACGACUCGACGAAGGCGGUGCGCGAGCUGGGCUGGCAGCCUGAGUAUACGUUCGAGAAGACGAUUGCGAGGCUGGCACGAGGAGAGGCGUGGAGGAGCGAGCUGACGGGCAAGGUCGGCAAGAAGGGGUAUCACGCAGAGAGCACGGGCGUCUACACCAAGCGAUGA